CAAGAUGGCGGCGAUACAGAUGAAGUGUUACAGUCGGUGGACAUGAAAUUAAUUGAAUUCCAAAUGUAAAGCCGAUUCAGAUACGUUUCUACACCUGUCCACACAGUCUUUGUACUCGCCGCGCUUCGAGCGUCGACGUCUGUUUGGAUUUUGCGCAUUUGAAGGUGUUUUUCUUGGAGAUGUUGAGGUCGGAGCUCGGUCACUAGCUGCUGGCUAACAGAGAGCAGCUCGUAGCAGCGAAGCCACUCCGCCGGGCCGCCGCCAGCUUUAGGAUGGGAGAGAAGCUCGAGCUCAAGCUCAAAUCUCCGGUUGGAGCCGAACCUGCAGGUUACCCGUGGCCCUUACCCGUAUACGAUAAACAUCAUGAUGCUGCUCAUGAAAUCAUCGAGACCAUCCGGUGGGUGUGUGAAGAGAUCCCAGACCUCAAGCUGGCAAUGGAAAAUUACGUACUCAUUGAUUAUGACACCAAGAGCUUCGAGAGUAUGCAGAGACUUUGUGAUAAGUACAACAGAGCCAUCGACAGUAUUCACCAGUUGUGGAAGGGGACCACCCAGCCCAUGAAGCUGAACAAACGUCCUUCCAAUGGGCUGCUGAGACACAUCCUACAGCAGGUGUACAACCACUCAGUGACCGAUCCAGAGAAGUUGAACAACUAUGAGCCCUUUUCCCCUGAAGUGUAUGGAGAGACAUCUUUUGACCUGGUGGCUCAGAUUAUUGAUGAAAUGGAAAUGAUGGAGGAUGAUACCUUUGUUGACCUUGGCAGUGGAGUGGGGCAGGUUGUGCUGCAGGUUGCUGCAGCAACCAACUGUAAACACUACUACGGGGUAGAAAAAGCAGACAUUCCAGCCACCUAUGCAGAGACCAUGGACAAAGAAUUUAAAAAGUGGAUGAAAUGGUAUGGGAAGAAACAUGGGGAGUACACAUUGGAGAGAGGUGAUUUUCUGUCUGAAGAAUGGAAAGAAAGGAUCGCCAACACAAGUAUUAUUUUUGUGAAUAACUUUGCCUUUGGUCCAGAAGUAGAUCACCAGCUGAAGGAGCGCUUUGCUAACAUGAAGGAAGGUGGGAAAAUCGUAUCCUCAAAACCUUUUGCACCUUUAAAUUUUAGAAUAAACAGCAGAAACUUGAGUGAUAUUGGCACAAUAAUGCGUGUGGUGGAACUUUCACCGCUGAGGGGUUCAGUAUCCUGGACAGGAAAGCCAGUGUCCUACUACCUGCACACCAUUGACCGCACCAUACUUGAAAACUAUUUUGCUAGUCUCAAAAAUCCUAAACUCAGGGAGGAGCAAGAGGCAGCUCGGCGACGUCAGCAGAAGGAUACUAAGGACAGUAAAAGCAAUAGUACAACACCCACAAAAACUAGAGAACAAAGCAAGCAGGACUCCUGUGGUGAGGAGGAGCGUCCUAGCUUAGUGACAGUGGUCAAAACAUCUGCCAGACCCAGAAGAACCAGACUUCUCUCCAAAGGUCGUAAGUUGAACAACAAGAAGCGUGGUCGACCCAAGAAAGCUGCUGUGGCCGCUGCGGAGAAGAAAAACAAGAAAAAUCAGAGUGCCCUGGAUCUUCUGCAUGCUAAGACCCUUUCUGCAGCACCACCUCAGGAUGCAUACAGACCACCUCAGAGUUCCUUCUAUCAGCUACCUCCCAAGGAUCAGCACUAUCCCUCUCAACUGCUGCUGAGCCAAACCCCUCCUGGUCUGCAACAACUGUUAGAUAACAUUAAAGUUCAGUACCUCCAGUUUAUGGCCUACAUGAAGACAUCUCAGUACCGGACCAACCUGCAGCAGCUUUUAGAGCAGCAGAAGCAAAAACACAGGGACCUGUCAGGACAAGCAGAGCAACUUCAUUCUGUCUGUCAGUCUCACAAGGACAAGAUCAAAGGCCUCAUUCAGACCAAACUGGACCAGCUGGGAGUCAAAGCUUUGACUGUGGAGGACCUGCUGCAGGCUCAAAAAGAGAUAUCGGCCCAUAAUCUUCAACUGAAAGAGCAGACGAAGCAGCUUGAAAGAGACAUGGCCUUGCUGAGAGAUCACAGCCUACUUCUGCUGAAGUCGCGAUGUGAGGAGUUGAAGCUAGAUUGGGGCUCUUUGUGUCUGGAGAGUCUUUUGAAGGAGAAGCAGGCGCUACGCAAACAGAUUUCUGAGAAACAGAAACACUGCUUGGAGCUACAGAUCAGCAUUGUGGAACUGGAAAAAAGUCAAAGGCAGCAAGAACUACUUCAGCUCAAAUCUUACAGCCCAUGUGAAGACUCACCAUACAGGAAAAGCUCUUCUGCAGACAUGGACUCCUCUAAGCUUGGAUUGUCAUCAGCUCCAACUCUAAAUGGUGUCAGCCCAGAGCUGUCUAUCAAUGGCACCGGCUCACCCUGCUUUGACCGUCCUCACACCAAGGGCGAGUUUUUGUCCCGCUAUUUGCCCAUUUCCCCAGACCAUGAGAUUUUGCCUGCAACUGCUGAUGCAAGGCAGAGGCAGCAAAGCUGUUCCCACCCGCUUCCUGACUACACUCGAUUCUCCCCUGCCAAGAUUGCGUUGCGGAGGCACCUGAACCAGGACUCCACUGCCUGUGCUCAGUUGAGAUGGCCGGGGCUGACCACACACAGGGGAGAAUUUGCUGGUGUAAACUCUCCGCCUACUGCAAAACAGAGUUGUUCUUCACCAAACACAUCCGAUGCCCAGACAACAACCUUGAAGAGUUCCGAGAGGUGUGGCAAGAAGAGUCCAUCAGUCCAGAGUGACAACAGCAUUACAAGCCUUCCUAUCAGCAUCCCUCUGAGCACUGUUCAUCCAAGUAAACUACCAGUCAGCAUCCCAUUAGCCAGUGUGGUGCUGCCCAGUCGUGCUGAGAGACUGAGAAGUACUCCAAGUCCCGUAUCUCAAACAGGACAGACCAAUGGAUAUUCUUCCACCUCAGGACUGAUGAAUGGAGGUCCCCAUUCUGAGGACCAUAAUGGUGCUGCUUCUUCUCCUCCUCCAUAUACAAACACUUCUAUUUCAGGACCAACAGGUAGAGGAGGUUCCAUCCAGAGCCCCCCACUCAGCACUGGGGGGGUGCUUCAGUAUGCAGAUGGACCCCCAAGGAUUCUUCCAGAAGAAGAACAGGAUCAACAGGAUGGAGAUUCUGACCAGGAGCCCCAGGACAGUGAAUUGCGUAGGAGAAUCUUUUUCUCUUCUUCUUCCUCUGCUUCCUCUUCAGGCAGUGGAUGCAGCACGGCCAGUGCGUCACGCCUACAUCAUCACACUGGCAACUUUGCAAAACAGGGAUACCACAAUAACCAUGGAAACCACCACCACCACCAGUCCCCCAGCACACAGCACACCCACGCACCUACACAUAUAUCAUCACAGCACUCCUCUCACAGCGUUGGUGCUCAAGAGGGACGUAAGAGGGGGCGAAGAAAACGCAGCUCUACUGGGACUGUUACGGCCAGCAACUCCCCAAAGAGGAGGUCAUUUCCUGGGCUGGGAUCCAGCGGUCGCUCCACAGGAUCACCACUCAAUAUCAACUCUAUGGUGAACAACAUCAACCAGCCUUUGGAGAUCUCUGCCAUAUCCUCUCCUGAGCAGUCAAGUCGCAGCCCCAAUGGUCUUGACUUGGACCAGCCUCCCAUAUUAAAGAGAGAGCGCCCCCUUGAGCUCAAUGGCACAGGCCGUUUCUCGUCAGCUCCUAGUUCUGAUGACGAGGACUCGGGUUACCCUGCAGACAGCUCUAGCUCAAGAAUUGAAAGAAAAAUUGCUACAAUUUCCUUGGAGAGCAGAGAUGGACCCAACAGAAUAGGGGAAAGUGAAAGAGGCAGAAAAUCUGGCAGCACCAGUGGUAACAGUACAGGCAGUGAGGCCUCGUCAUCUUCCUCCAUGUCAUCUACUGGCAAAUGGAAAUCCACCUUUUCACCCAUUUCUGACCCAAAGCAACCACACUCUGACAUGAGACAAGUGGGCUCUCCCUUUGGCAUGGGAGGCUCCAGCCGGGGAACAGACUCGGAUUCUGACCACAAACAGCAUCAGCAAGUGAGGAAAGGGAAUGAUGGAGAAUCCUCCAGCUACAUCUCCCCCAACCCUUUCCUCAGUCAGGACGCAGGGCCUCGAGUUGGAGGCAGCAGUGGUGGGAUGGCCCAGGGAGGUAGUGGUUUAGACCAACGCCAGGCCUUCCAAAAGCUGAAGACUGGUAGCAGCUUAGCCAGCCAGAACCUCUUCAUUUCUGCUGCUGCCAGCAGCGGAGGAGGCAUUCUGAGUAACAAAGUGAGCAGUCCUGCAGCAGUGUCGUCAGCAGUCGGGUCCACAGUAGGACAGUACCUGGGGUCUCAGUUCCCGCUUGGAGGGACCUCGGUCUUACAGUCCUUGUUUGGUGCCCAGACAGGUGGAACCACAGUGAGUGGGUCCUCACGACUCGUCAAUGGACACUCUGCACUGGGAAGCUUCUCUAAUGCCGGAUUGGCAGGGGGGGCAGCUGGAGGUAAUUUAUGAAAACUACCUCAACAUUAAGUAACCUAUGCAACUGUCCCGGUGUGGACUGCGGCACUGUCCUUGCUCACUGGUGCUUCAACACGUCUGCACUACUCAACCGCCUCCAAGACCGGCUUCUGUCAUGGGAUUUCUCAUACAUACACACACUCGCGCACACACACACGCACACUAAACUACACUGCCACUACUGUGACCUUCAGCAAAGUCCUUAGGUACUGAUCACAUCUCAAUGAGUGUUGGAUUUUUUUAUUUAAAUUUUUUGGUGUUUGGCAACAUUUUAAAAUCUAAUAUUCAGUAAAAGUUAUUUAUUUUUCAUGAUUUAACAGCAGACGAGAAGACACUUUGUUGUGUUCCCAGUGAAAGCUUCAAGGGAACCUUUUAUUUAAAAAAAAAAGAAAAAAAAAAGAAAGAAACUUAAAAAAAAACAUGUAACACCACAAAAAUACCUUUUGUCACAAGCAGGCACUGGAUAGCUGGUAAAAAGUAAAAUUUCAGCUUUUCCCUUGUGUUUUCUCUUGGACACAGUGUUUCACUGAAGUAGCGUUCAGAUAUGCUGAGGCCCCACGCAUUGAUAACAUUCAAUCACCAGCCAGUUCACUGAUCUCAGAUCUGACUCUGUUUCUCUGCAUGCAUGGCUUCUCUCUCUCUCACUCUCUCUCUCAUUCUUGUUCUCUGUUCUUCCCGUAUUAAAACAAAACUUAAGCCUUGUUUCACACUGGAUAGUAAAUGAAGUUACUCGAAACACAGGGCAUACCGUGGGUCCUUACUUAACACACUUUUGCAGUGAUUCCUGGUGAAGCUCGACUCAUUUUUCAUAAUAAAAAAUAAAAGGUCAGAUUAUCUGCCUUGAGGUUUUGUUUCAGGAACAAAACCAAAAGCACCAGCGCGGCAUUAAAGAGUGAUCCAAACAUUUAUCGAAUCUUUUCAAACCACUCGUCUGCCGUAAUCCUCUGAUCUGUUCACCUGUAUGCAUAGUUUGUUACAAUGUUUUCUGAUAAAACAUUUGUAACAUAUGUGUCUUAUGUUACUGGUUCAACAGCUAACUACACUAGCUACUAAUGCAUGUAUGUUAAUAGUUGUUCUACUAGUUUUAUCUGAAAAACUCAGUUACUAAAUAUUUGAUAGAAUAUAAUAAAAAUCAUCAAUACCUGAAGCCUUCAUUUACAUUUGUGUUCAAAAUAAUAGCAGUGUGCUUUCAAAAUGUGAGUAAAGCUCAAAAUCCUUGAAACAGCUUUUAUUUCCAUACAUGCAAAUGGAUUGUGAACACACAUUCUGUUCCAAAUCAAUACAUGAAGAAAAAAUGAUCAAAAUUAUUACUUUAUAGAAAGUGAAGAAAGAAGAAUGUUAGGCUGUUCAAAAA